AUGUUGGUUUAUUAUCAAAAAUACUACACACCAUUAGAUAAAUUCAUAAAUAAAUUAAAAAGAAAAGGAUUUUGGUUAUAUACGGGGAUGAUAGCAAUAUCAGUAUUAUAUUUAUUUUAUGAAAUCUCAAAUCUACCAAAUUUACCACCACUUCCUCCACCACCUCAAAAACCUACAAAUACAAAACAUAAAGAUCAUACUAAAUUAACUAAAAUUAUUAAGACUGAGAAAAUAAUACCUAGUGGUGAGAAUGAGGAAGAUCAACCUGAAGUUGUUGUGAAGGAAGAAACUAUAAUUGAAAAUUAA